AGAGCUCCGACGCUAACAAUAUGCCUCUUACGUCCAUUAACGAUCGCCUACGCUGGAAAGAAAAACCAUAUGAUCCAACGUCGCCUUCUCCCCCUUCAGCCACGAACUCUUCUACAAUGCUUUCUUCCUCUUCUUCCUCCUCCUCCGGUCCUUCUACUCGGAAGUCAGCUCCGAAACCUCUAAUUUUAUAUAGUCCUGAAGAUGUUGAACGACAUUGUCCUUGUACUUUGGUUUUUAACGUCCUGUCUAAAGACCUGGCUACGCGGCUAUUACAGGCUAUGUUAAUUGAUUCUGAAACUUGGGAUCGAAAUCGAUGGUGGUUCUUCGAACGGAUGGUGGAAUCGCCCCACAAGAGAUCUUAUUUUGCAGAACACGAUGAUGAUAUGGAGGAAAUCGCUGGUUGGACGUAUAAUGGGCAGAAACAGGAGCCACCCCGGCGGUUCCUGAAGGAGAUGGAGGAAGCCAAGCUGGUGAUCCGCAAGAUAGUAAAUGACCUACGUAAGACUAGGGCAAUACACCCUUAUGAAGUCCAGGGGGAUUGGAACUGCAAUGUUGCUGCGGCCAAUUAUUAUGCACAUUCCAAAGAAUCUGUAGGCUGGCAUGCCGACAAGCUUACUUACUUGGGUCCACGUCCAACGAUUGGCUCUUUGACCCUGGGAGCAACCCGAUUCUUUCGGGUCCGUAAGAUGGUGCCAGACGUCAGGAAUCCUGAUACAGCAGGUCAAUUAAUCAGCAUCGCAUUGCCUCACAAUAGUCUCUGUAUUAUGUGGCCACCCAUGCAAGAAGAAUGGAAGCAUGAAGUCCCACCGCAAGCGAGAGUGACACCUCACCCUAUUAGUGGAACAGCGCGUAUUAAUAUUACGUUCCGUCUUCGUCGAGAAGGAUUCUCGCCUGCAGACACACCAGUCUGCAAAUGUGGGAUAGCGAUGGUGUUGAGAUGCGUGUUCAAGAACAAGGCCAACUAUGGUCGGUAUUUUUACAUGUGCUAUGCAUCAGGAUCUCAAGAAGGCCGAACCUGCGGAGCGUUUCAAUGGGUUGAUAUGGAAGAAAAACUUGGACUUGUCAAAAAAUACAGCACGUCUCUUUCGAAUUCAUCCAGUCCAUCCAGUCCAUCCAGCCUUCCUUGCCUGCCCAGCCCAUCAAACACAUGUACAUCAAUAACACCACCAUCAACAUCAAUAUCAUCUACAACAGCUUCUACAACAGUAGCAGUAACAGUAGAAACCACACUCGAGUCAGCAGGAAAGCCUGAGGCUGUUAACUCAAAUGAAAAGAAACUUUCAAUGUCUCAACCAGCUAUUUGUGAUAUGUCCAAAGUAAAAGACCAAAUUGAAGACAAAGAACAAGAUCAAGCCCUCGAUCUGGCAAACGAACUAGACGACGCAGAUUUAGUGGACUUGGCAGACCUAUCAUUCGAGGGGAUCAGUGAAAGCGAUUUUGCCGAAUAA